CUUGCCAUGACGUCAUGAACGAUAUUCCUAGAGAAGAAAUAGACCUCGAGUUUGCCAUAGAUCAGGUCUCUGAGGCACGGUUUUAUCUGAUCGAGCUUGAUCGCAGGCAAAAUCAAAUUCGCGAAGCAAAACGCCACCUUUUAAAGCACAAACCUGAUAUGGAAGAUGUCUGGAUGCUGUGCAGUGGAUCCACCUUCGUCUCCUGUGAUCUCUCGCACGCGUCGUCAAUCAAGUACCUAGAGUGGGAGCAGCAUGAAGUGGAAGCCCUAAUUGAAGAAGCAAGAGACAACUUGAAACGUAAAGUUGCGGCUCUUGCAGAACUAGAAGGACCUGAUAGCGCUUUGAAACACUUACACGAGGGAUUUGAUUUGAAGGGGAUGACAAAGGAUGGAAACUAAAGUGCUUAACUGCAAGUUGUAAUUAAAAAACAAA